AUGGCGACACAGCAGCAACAAAAACAACAAGAUGGGACAAGGACCAGAGGUCGGCCCCCUGGUUCCAAGACCAGACGAACACAAGAACCAACUUGGGCUCCGAAACCGGGCAAGAAGCGGAAGCAGAACGCCACCGGCAGUAUAUCACAAGGGAGCUCGGGCAAGGGUGCCGGAAAGGAGAGAGGAAAUGCAGAAACCAAAUCCUUCACAACCCGUAUCCUACCCGGUUACCACAAGCAUCUUCCACCAGCAGCACAGGAUUUGGUCGAGCAAGCAUUGUUCGGAUCCGAUCUAGCCGAUGCACCUGCUGACGAUCCACGUUGGACUCAACUCUACCGAGAUUUGCACAGCCUUAUUGAUCCAUCACCAACAUCGAAAUUUGCUUCCGAGACCGAAGCAACCGCCACAACCGGCAUUGUCGACGACGUUAUCAACCAGCCGCAGGAGGAGGAGGUGGAGGAGGAGGUGGAGGAUGAGUACGAAUGGGCCCCCGCUUCCCCCUCAUCUCCACCGCCAGCACGGGAUUUGGGAUUUGAAAAAAGGGACGAGGCACAAGCGACACACGUUCGUUCGACUCUCGCCUCCACCGCUCUCUCUGCAGCUGUUCAUGCGCGAGUCUCUUGCGAGCUGACCAACAACAAGGGGUCACUUGCGAAAGAUCUUGGCGCUGAUUCGUGGGAUCCGAACUCGCUCGCGGCGUUGAGUAUGCUGGUGGAGGAAAUAGCUAAAUCGCAAGCCAAGUUUACUGCUCAGAGGACUAUGUUUGCCAAGUCUCGCCGGAAUCAAGCUUUGGCUGCGAAGCGUUUGCAACACAAGCGAAAAGCAACAGCGGACGAGGAGGAGGAGCGGAGAGAUGCGAGUUGA